CCCGUGACCUCGCCGUGAACUUCCCUGACCUCCCGGUGACCCCCGCCCGAGGCCCCGCCCCCGUUUUUUGGCCCUUUCUUCUGCCCUUAGCAUGUUUUUAACAUGUUCGGGGGGGUGGGCGGGGUCACCGUGGAGUCCGGGGUGGUGGGGGGCGGCGCCCUGACCCCGCCAUGACCCCUCCUGCCCUCACCGUGACCCCCGCCCGAGGCUCUACCCCUGUUUGUUUACCUCGCUUAGUGUGUGCUUAGCAUGUUUUUACCAUGUGCGGGGGUCUGGGAGUCACCAAGGGGUCAGAGCGCUAAGCACACGCUAAGCACACGCUAAGAACAUGUUAAGUAUUGACGGUGCUGCGCGCUCAGUCCGCGCUGGGUGCUGCGGGCCAGGGAUUCCCUGAGUGCGACACGCUACGUCCUCACGCAGAACGCGUGACGCCGACCCGCGCGGUGCUGCACGCGAAGCACACGCUAAGAACACGCUAAGGGCUGACUCCGUGCUGCUCGCUCGGGGCCGAGUGCUGCGCGCUGAGUCCUCCUCGCUCGCUCCGUGCUCGGUGCUGGUGAAGUCCCCGGUGAGCACCCGGUGCUGGGUCCACGCUAAGAACAUGCUAAGAACACGCUAAGUACACGCUAAGCCCCUAGCGUGCUUCCUAGCGACUGGGGAGUGACUUAUGGUCCCGCUCUUAGUCCGCGGUGUCUGUCAAAUUGGUUUCCUAGCAAUGGGGGAGGGACUUCCGGUCCCGCUCUUAGUCCGCGGUGUCUGUCAAAUUGGUUUCCUAGCAAUGGGGGAGGGACUUCCGGUCCCGCUCUUGGUCCGUGGUGUCUAUCAAAUUGGUUUCCCAGCGACCAGGGAGGGACUUCCGGUCCCACUCUUGGUCUUGGGUGUCUAUGGAAUUGGUUUCCUAGGAAUUGGGGAGUGACUUCCGGUCCCGCUCUGAGUCCGUGGUGUCUAUCAAAUUGGUUUCCUAGCCAUUGGGGAGGGACUUCCGGUCCCGCUCUUGGUCCCUGGAUGUCAAUCAAAUUGGUUUCCUAGAUAUGGGGGAGGGACUUCCGGUCCCGCUCUUGGUCCUGGGUGUCUAUCAAAUUGGUUUCCUAGCGACUGGGGAGGGACUUCCGGUCCCGCUCUUGGUCCCUGGGUAUCUAUCGAAUUGGUUUCCUAGCCAUUGGGGAGGGACUUCCGGUCCCACUAUUGGUCCUGGGUGUCUAUCAAAUUGGUUACCUAGCAAUUCGGGAGGGACUUCCGGUCCCUCUCUUGGUCCCGUGGUGUCUGUCAAAUUGGUUUCCUAGCCAUGGGGGAGGGACUUCCGGUCCCGCUCUUGGUCCGUAGAUGUCUAUCAAAUUGGUUUCCUAGACAUUGGGGAGGGACUUCCGGUCCCGCUCUUGGUCCCUGGAUGUCUAUCAAAUUGGUUUCCUAGCCAUUGGGGAGGGACUUCCGGUCCCGCUCUUGGUCCUGGGUGUCUAUCAAAUUGGUUUCCUAGCCAUGGGGGAGGGACUUCCGGUCUCAUUCUUGGUCGUGGUUGUCUGUCAUAUUGGUUUCCUAGCAAUUGUGGAGGGACUUCCGGUCCCGCUCUUGGUCCCUGUUGUCUGUCAAAUUGGUUUCCUAGCCAUUGGGGAUGGACUUCCGGUCCUACUCUUAGUCAUGUGUGUCCAUCACGAGGGUUUCCUAGCGACCAGGGAGGGACUUCCGGUCCCGCUCUUGGUCCCUGGAUGUUUAUCAAAUUGGUUUCCUAGCCAUUGGGGAGGGACUUCCGGUCCUACUCUUAGUCAUGUGUGUCCAUCACGAGGGUUUCCUAGCGACCGGGGAGGGACUUCCGGUCCACGUCCUGAAUGGUUUGUCCGUCACGAGCGUGUCCUAGCGACCGGGGCGGGACUUCCGGGUUUACACGCUAACCUCACGCUAACCCCGCCCCCCGCAGGACCAUGUGGCUCCUCCCCUGCUGCUGCUGCUGCUCCUCCCCCCGGAGGCCCCGCCCCCGCCGCCGCCGCAGGCCCCGCCCCCCCGAGGCCCAACUUCGUGCUCAUCAUGGCCGACGACCUGGGCAUCGGCGACCCCGGCUGCUACGGCAACACGACGCUCAGGACCCCGAACAUCGACCGCCUGGCCCGCGAGGGGGUGAAGCUGACGCAGCACCUGGCGGCCGCGCCCCUGUGCACGCCGAGCCGCGCGGCCUUCCUGACGGGGCGCUACCCCGUGCGCUCGGGCAUGGCGUCGCACAACCGCGUGGGCGUGCUGCUCUUCGCGGCCUCCUCGGGCGGCCUCCCCCCCGGCGAGGUCACCAUCGCGCGGCUGCUGCAGGAGCGCGGCUACGCCACGGGCUCGAUCGGCAAGUGGCACCUGGGCCUGAGCUGCCGCCACCGGGCCGACUUCUGCCACCACCCGCUGCGGCACGGGUUCGACUUCUUCCACGGGGCGCCCCUGACCAACCUGCGGGACUGCCGGCCGGGCGCGGGCACCGUCUUCGGCCCCGGGGCCCGCUGGCUGGUCUUCGCCCCGCUGCAGGCCCUGUGCGCGGCGGGGCUGACCCUGGCGCUGCUGCGGGGCCUGGGCCUGGCCCGGGUGCCCCACGCCGCCUUCCUGGCCCUGGCGCUGCUGGCGGGCGCCCUGGCCGCCGCCUUCCUGGCCUUCCUGCGCUACUUCCGGCCCCACAACUGCUUCCUCAUGACCGGGUUCGAGGUCACGCAGCAGCCCGCCGCCUACGACCGCCUGGCCCAGCGCCUGGCCGCCCAGGCCGUGGGCUUCCUGGAGAGGCACGCGCACGCGCCCUUCCUGCUGUUCGUGUCCUUCCUGCACGUGCACACGGCCCACUUCGCGGGCGCCGACUUCGCGCGCCGCAGCCGCCACGGGGCCUACGGGGACGCGGCCGAGGAGAUGGACUGGAGCGUGGGUCAGAUCCUGGACGCGCUCGACCGCCUGGGCCUGGCCAACCACACGCUCGUCUACUUCUCGUCCGACCACGGCGCACACGUGGAGGAGGUCACGGCGCGGGGCGAGGUGCACGGCGGCAGCAACGGCAUCUUCCGGGGCGGCAAGGCCAACAACUGGGAGGGCGGCAUCCGCGUGCCGGGCCUCGUGCGCUUCCCCAUGAUGCUCCCCGCGGGGUCGGAGGUCGCGGAGCCCACGAGCAACAUGGACGUCUUCCCCGUGGCCGCCCUGGCGGGGGCCGGGCUCCCCCGGACCGGUGAGGUGAUUGACGGGCGCGACCUGAUGCCGCUGCUGCGGGGCCGGACCACGCGGUCGGCGCACGAGUUCCUGUUCCACUACUGCAACGCCUACCUCAACGCCGUGCGCUGGCGGCCGCCCAACGACACGGCCGUGUGGAAGGCCUUCUUCUUCACGCCCAAGUUCGACCCCGCGGGCGCCAACGGCUGCUUCUCCACGCACGUGUGCUUCUGCCACGGCGACCACGUCACGCGCCGACCCCCGCUGCUCUUCGACCUCUCGCGCGACCCCGGCGAGCGCCGGCCCCUGACCCCGGCCGCCGAGCCCCGCUACCACGCCGUCAUGGCCGCCGUGGCCCGCGCCGUCCGCGCCCACGCCCGCACGCUCGACCCCGCCGUGCCCGACCAGCUCUCGCCCGCCAACCUCGUGUGGAAGCCGUGGCUGCAGCUCUGCUGCCGCUCCGCCUCCGCCCUGGCGUGCCACUGCGCGGGCGACGAGGACGGCGGGGCGGGGCGCGGGCGCUGA